CGCCUAUUCAGACAAGAACCCCAUCCACUCCCUGCUACCCCCAACCACCUCACUCCCCUCCUUCCCAACUUCAGCAAUGAUGCCCUGCCAACAACAGAUCAUGGAUAUUCCUCUCGUCACUGCCGCCUUCUCCGGCUUCGUCGGCGGCGACGACGCUGCCUCCGCGCACAUGACCUCCUACGUCUACGGCCGUCGUAGCGUCCCGAGUCUCUAUAACUCCCCUGGUGUUUAUGAAGUAGGAAAGCGCCUCCGCAACGUUGUGCAGUCCCGCUCGUGGGAUGGACUUCACGGCGGUAUCAGCGCCAGCCCCAAUGCUCUAGCCCAGACGACGCUCACCCAGGGCGGACCCAAAUUCGUAGCCUCGUUCUCCGGCACUACUAUGCCGACGACUGGCGAAAUCGCCCAGAUCCUUGUCGACCACUGCAAGACGCAGCACAUCGAUGGCGUCGCUGAGGGUCGGGUCACCACCCCCUUCGCCGUGACCAUCGCUGAUCUUCACCAUGCCCCUGCCACCGAGGCACACCCUACGCUGAAGGCCGCGGCGCCUUUCCUCCCCAUCCUCGCCAGCAUCGGUGCGUCCGCCGGAUGUGCGUUCGUCGGGGACUGGCCCACGCUCUCCAUGAUCGUGCUCGGCAUGGUGUGCAACGCCGCGACCUCGAGCGUGCUGCGCGCCGGUGAUCUUACUUUCACUCGCCCCGCCUCUACUCCGGGUGCGCCGUCGGGUGACGGCUUCCUCGAGGCUGGAAAUGAAAUCGUCGUGCUCAAGGGUUCUGAGGGUGCGAUCAGCAGCGUCACUCGCGGCCACUUCUCCCUCCGUUUCAAGAACGACAAGGCGCUCAACCGCCUGGGCGUCGCCGCCACUAUGGCCACCCUCCAGUGCCUCGCGCAGCUCGUCGUCGUCCCCCAGGGUACCUUCAUCGGACAGCUGUGCUUCCUGUUCACUGUCGCCAUCGCGUUCCUCUACCACUCCCACAUGGCUGCCGCAGAGAAGAAGGCUAAGGCCAAGGUCGUCCUCGAGGACCUCCUGGAGACCCCGUCCACCAGGCGCUUCAGCCUCGGCACCCGCGCUGCCAUGGCCGUCUUCUUGAUGCAGGUCCUGAAGCCCGCGAACAUUGAGGAGCAGCUUGCGGCUCUCAUUCCGAACAACACCCGUGUCUGGUCUGCAUGGAGGCAGACGGUCGCUCGCAGGCUCCAGGAGGAGAAGCCGUCCUUCGAUACCGGCCUCCCGCAGGAGGCCACGAGCUUCAAUGCGGAGGAGUCCACCCUCAUGCGCACCCUGCUCGGCGAUGCCCAGGCUGCCGUCAAUGUGUACGCCGCUGCUCGUGCUCGGUUCUAAAGUGCUCGGUGUGGUGAGCAUCGUAUCUGAUUGACUACACCCGUGAUGUCCGAGAGGCCCUAUGAAAACCACCGGCGAUACCUUGACUCUCCACCAUGCAUUCCCCCUCGACGUGCCUCGCUUAUCAGUUUCUUGAUGCUCCGUUAGACUUUCACUCCUGCUAACCCUCUUGUUCUCGACUGUAUCCUUCUAUGUACCCUGCCAUAUAUCGCUUUUGCUCCUUUGUACUAUUACUCGUCCUACGUUAACAGUUUCUAGUAUCAUACGGAGCCCGGGCCCAGAGCCAAUAUACCUCGCACCGUUACGGGCCCAUUCUGCCCGCCUUCGCUCAACUGGGUCGCGGUACGGUAUGCGGGUAAAGCUGUGCCGUUUUAGAUUGGUACUGCGGGUUACGCCGUUGGGCCCGGAGAGGGAGCGAUGCUUACAUCAGUGCUUGGACUCGUAUCGCGACGAUGGAGAGGCUGCGGCGCUAUGAUAGAAGCUGGAGUGUGUACAACCGUAUAUGCACGCAGAAUCUUGACCGCCCUACAGGAAAUAUUAGCUGCCUACAAC